UGUUUUGAUUUGUUAAAGAAUUCAAUCACAUCAUCCAAAUCCUGUUAAAUGAGCAAAACAUCAAUAAAAAAUUUCUCCAGAAUCUCAAUCCCUCGAACAUCUUGUCUGUGUUUGAAAUUCUCUACUUCACCAUCAAUAGAACAAACUUUUAACCACCCCUUAAAUCUCACCACCUGCAUUUCUUCUCUGCAAUCAUGUGCCCACCUAAAGAGCCUCGAAAAAGGCCUAGAAAUCCACUCUUACAUGCUCAAAAGUGGCCUUAUCGACUCCCCUUUAUCUGUAACUAGCCUUAUUAACAUGUACUCUAAAUGCAACCGAAUGAGGGAUGCACUUUUAGUUUUUAAUAAUAUGAGUUGUGAAGCUAAUGUAUAUACCUAUAAUGCAAUGAUUUCUGGAUUUUUAUCAAAUGGGUUUGCUUCAAAAGGGUUGGAUUUUUAUAAAGAUAUGAGAGAAUUUGGUGUUUUGCCUGAUAAGUUUACCUUUCCGAGUUUGAUCAAGUGUUGUUGUGAUCUUAAGGAGGUUUUGGAGGUCAAAAAGAUCCAUGGAUUGAGUUGUAAACUUGGCUUGGGUUUUGAUGUGUUUAUAGGUAGUGCUUUGGUUAAUACAUACUUGAAGUUGCAAUUAAUGGAGGAGGCGCAAAAGGUGUUUGAGGAAUUGACUGUUAGAGAUGUUGUUCUUUGGAACGCAAUGAUUAAUGGGUACGCACAAAUUGGGAAAUGGGAUGAAGCUUUGGGGGUUUUUAGGAGGAUGAGUGAAGAAGGGGUUUUGAUGAGUAGGUUCACCGUUACUGGGGUUCUAUCGGUUUUUAGUGUAAGAGGAGAUUUCAACAAUGGGAGAGGGGUUCAUGGAUUUGUGAUGAAAAUGGGGUAUGAUUCUGGUGUUGCGGUGAUGAAUGCUUUGAUUGAUAUGUAUGGAAAAUGCAAGUGUAUUGGUGAUGCAUUGGAGAUUUUUGAAAUGAUGCAGGAGAAGGAUUUAUUUUCGUGGAACUCGAUUAUGACUGUUUACGAACAAUGUGGUUAUCAUGAUGGCACUUUGAAGCUUUUUGAUAGGAUGUUACAUGCUGGGAUUCAGCCUGAUCUGGUAACGGUCACUACUGUGCUUCCUGCUUGUUCUCACUUGGCGGCACUGAUGCAUGGUAGAGAAAUUCAUGCAUAUAUGAUUGUUAAUGGGUUGGCAAAGGAUGGUCACUGUGAGGAUAUUGAUGACGUGUUGAUGAACAACUCCCUCAUGGACAUGUAUUCUAAAUGUGGCAGUAUGAGAGAUGCUCGCAUGGUUUUCAAUAAGAUGAGUAAUAAGGAUGUGGCAUCAUGGAACAUUAUAAUCGCGGGCUACGGAAUGGAUGGUUAUGGCAAGGAGGCAUUGGAUAUGUUUUUACGCAUGUGUGAGGCAAAGCUUCAGCCUGAUGAUGUAACAUUUGUGGGCGUUUUGUCAGCCUGCAGCCAUUCAGGCUUUCUGAGACAGGGCCAUGAGUUCCUGGAGCAAAUGGAAUCAAAAUAUGGUGUAGUUCCCACAAUUGAGCAUUAUACUUGUGUGAUUGACAUGCUCGGUCGAGCUGGGAAGCUUAAAGAGGCUUAUGAAUUGGCACUAACAAUGCCUAUUGAGGCAAACCCAGUUGUAUGGAGGACUUUAUUGGCAGCAUGUCGGCUCCAUGGGAAUACAGAUCUUGCUGAGAUUGCUGCACAGCGGGUUUUUCAGCUUGAACCUGGGCAUUGUGGAAAUUAUGUAUUGAUGUCAAAUGUCUAUGUGGCAGCUGGUCGGUAUGAAGAAGUAUUAGAUGUUAGGCAUACAAUGAGGCAGCAAAAUGUAAAGAAGACACCAGGGUGUAGCUGGAUUGAACUCAAGAAUGGCGUGCAUACUUUUAUUACCUGUGAUCAGUCCCAUCCUGAAGCAAAGUCUAUAUAUGCUGGAUUGCUGUCAUUGACAGCUCGUCUUUGUGAGCAUGGAUAUGUGCCAAAUAUCUAGUGCAAGAUCCAUUUUGAUUGUCAAGAAUUCAACAGAGGACUCUGAGCAAUAAGAGGUUUUAUGCGUAGUUGGUGCCAAUUUUCUAUAUGUUUCAAAGUAUUAUGUACAAAUACCAAAGUGAAUCACAACCAGUUCAAUAAACUGACUCUAACUUCACAUCAUCAACAGAAUCGCUUGGCUUCCCAAUAUAUCUUCAAUUAGACCAAACUCAUAAAGCUCAACUUUCCAAGAAAGCAGCAACAGUAAAGCCCCACAAGCAUUUUAAUCUUUGUCUCUUAAUUGCCACCUCCAACCCAACUAAACCCUUCUCAGAUGAACCCCACAACAACCAGUAAUCAAGAAUCUAGUGAUGUUGAUGACAUUAAAAUGUUAAUGCGGCUUCUAGGUAUAUCAGAUCAUUUUAAAUAGAGAAACGAAAAAGAGGAAGAAAGGGAUGGUGUUGGUAACUGUUGUAAAUGUGAAGAGGGUUUUUACGAAAAGAUUGUUGGAGUUAAGGGACCAGGUUGUGAGAAGGAACUGGAGAGAAUGGAGGGAUCGAUUAGUACUUUUUGGGAAGUUGCAAAGGUGAGUAGCUUUUGAGGUUGGUUUAUUUGCUUAUAGGCAAAGCUGCUUUUGCUUUAGAUGGUGAUGGAUGUGGAUUUGGUGGCUUGGAGUUUCCUUCCACCAUUUAUGGAUUCUUAAAGAACGAUCCACCCAAAGAGUAAAAGCACACUUCGUAUACUGGCUAUACUUCAUGGAAUUAACUUGUACUA